UGCAAAUCACCGCGCUCCCCACAGUGCCCCGCGGCAGAACCGGAAGUGGAGCCGCCGUGAGGGCAGUGAAGGAGGAAGGAGCCGCCACAAGAUGGCGGCGCUGGGGCUGCGGGCCCCGCGGCUCCUCGGGGCCCCGCGGCUGCUCCGGGCCCCGCUCCGCGGCUCCCCCGGCGCCCCCCGGUGCCCGCCGGCCCUCACGGGGCUCCCGGGGACCCCCGGGGCGCUGCCGGCGGCGCCGGCGCGGGCCAUGGCCGGGCACAACCGCUGGUCCAAGGUGCGCAACGUGAAGGGGCCGCGGGACGCGGAGCGGAGCCGCCUGUGGGAGAAGAUGGCGCGGAUGCUGCGGGCGGCCGCCAGAGAGGGCGGCGCGGAUCCGUCGCUGAACGCCGGCCUGGCCGCGGUGGUGGCGCAGUGCCGGACACUGAACGUGCCCAAGGCCACCAUCGAGGGGGCGCUGCGGUCAGUCAGGGAGCGUCCGGCCGGGGCCUCGCGGGUGCUGCUGACCGCUCGGGGCCCGGGGGGGUCACUCGUGCUGCUGGACGUCCGAACCGACAACGUCCGGCGCAGCCAGGCCGAGCUCCGGACACUGCUGGGCCGCCACGGGGCCGCGCUGAGCGAUGACCGGCACGCCUUCGCGGCCGUGGGCGUGGUGCGAGUGUCCGGCCGGACGCUGCCCAUGGAGGCGGCGCUGGAGGCGGCCGCAGCGGCCGGAGCCCAGGACGUGCUGGCCGGAGAGCAGGCCGAGCUCCAGUUCCUGUGCGACCCCUCGGCCCUGGGCAGCGUCCGGCAGCGCCUGGCGGCCGCGGGGCUCCGGCCGCUCUCGGCCGAGCUGGAGUUCCGGCCGCGGUCAGCGCUGGCGCUGCCGGACGCCCCUCGGGCCGCGGCCGAGCGGCUGCUGCGGGCUCUGGCCGAGCGGCCGGACGUCGCCCGGCUCUUCCACAACCUGCAGGACGCGCCCGCGGUCACUCCCGGCGGUCACUCGGCUCCGGCCGCCGGGCAAUAAAGGCCUGAGAGGCGGGA